AUGAAUGCUCGCUUUGGAUACUUUAUUUGUUCCGUUCAGAAGAACUUCAAACCGUCCGAUUGUAAUCUGGUUUGCACGGAGCCUUAUUUCAAUUUUUCAUCUACUAAAGAGACUAUGAAUGAAAUAUUCUUUGAGGAGUAUCAGUUUGCCGCGGUCAUGCGAACCAAUCCUUCGUUCCUUUCCGCCUACAAGUAUCAAGCGGAGUCGGCACAACGUUUAUCGCGCUAUUGUUUGGUUAUCGAUUCCGGCUACUCUUUUACGCAUAUUGUCCCAAUGGGUGAUGGUCGGGUGAUGGGUGAAUUCGUUCUCAGGUCCGAUCCUCGAAAGAACCCAGUGCUUCGUGAGUAUGUCCUUCCCGACUAUGCUGAAGUACACCGGGGUUACGUACGCGAUCCCAGCACCGAGCCGCCCUCGCAGACCAGUUCAAAUCGAUUGCGCGCGGUUCAGCAGGGCUAUGUGCUCCGGUUGAACAAUGAACGUUUCACAAUUCCAGAAUUACUUUUCCACCCGGGAGAUGUGGGAUACACGGAGAUGGGGUUAACGGAAGCUUUAGGCUAUUUGCUCUGUGAGCGGCUCCCCCCAGCCGUUCGUCCGGGUGCUUGGGCCAACUGUUUGGUUACGGGUGGCAAUGCUUGUUUUCCAGGAUUUGUGGAACGAUUAAAACUUGACCUUCGUGCCAUGGCUCCUGAUGAUUUACCUGUAAAUAUAUUCAAACCAAAUAAUCCGCAAACAUACGCCUGGGAGGGUGGUGCCUUAUUGUCCAACCAAACAGAAGACUUGAAGCGUUUCCUUGUCACUCGAGCAGAAUACGAGGAGCACGGCUCGGCUCUUUGUGAACGACGUUUUCCGGUUUCCUGA